ACCUACGUGGCUAUAUUCGAGAACAUUCCCGAUACGAACGUAGCGACGCUGAUCCUGUCUGUGAUCUGCAUGAUCAUCUUGUACAUCGUCAAGGUCCACGUGAACAUGCGAUACAAAACCAAGCUCAAGAUGCCUGUGCCUAUUGAGCUCAUUGUGGUCGUGGCCUCCACACUAGCCAGUCAUUACGGCGAAUUCCACGAUCGCUGGGGCAUCAAGGUGGUCGGGAAGAUCCCUGCUGGCUUACCUGAGCCUGCGCUACCUGCCUUCACCAACGUGUCCCAGUACGGAGUGGAUUGCGUCAUCGUGGGUAUCGUGGCGUUUGCACAGAGCGUCUCUCUGGCCGUACUCAUGGCCAAGAAACAUCACUACGACAUCGACUCCAAUAAGGAGAUGAUCGGGUACGGCAUGGGUACUUUCUUUGGCUCCUUCUUCUCCUGCUACCCUAUCGCCGCCUCUGUGAGCAGGAGUUCUGUGCAGGACUCCGCUGGUGGGAGAACGCAAAACCAAGGUUUCCACUCUCGAACGUCUAUCGGAAGUGGACGAAUACAGACCUGUGUCGCUUUACUCUAAGACGGAGCCGAACGUGAGGAUUCGCAUCGUGGCGUACAACUCUGCUCUCUACUACGCCAACUCGGAGAUCUUCCUCAAGCAUGUGCACAGAGAGACAGGCGUCAAGCCGGAGAAGAUGAGGAAAGUACUGAAGAAACUCAUGACCCUCAACGACCCGUUGCACAGUAACAAGAAAAAAUUGCACGACUCCAAAAUUGUGGAGAUGGAGACAGUGACCCCUCAACCGGAACCGCCCCAAGCAGCCAAUGGGGACACGUCUACGCAUGGGCAAGAUGCCAUGACAGUCCACAGAGCGUCUAUCAUUGGUCCUUUGCCCAACCUUGACCCCCGUCCUUUCUUGUACCUCAUCAUUGACUGCACAGCCUUCACCUUCAUCGACCCCGUUGGGAUCAAGAUCCUGAAGCAGGACGGCGUGGGUACUGAGCUAGAGUACUCACCAACCAUGCCUCUUUUGGAGGAGGAAGACGAGGUGGUAUCGCUCACGUCGGCAGAAAGUUCCAAUAUGUGGAUCAAAAACUCAGAGGCCUGAAUUCUUUUGACCAUGUGACAGGGCAUGAACACCAAAAUGUGAGGGCCUGACUACUGACUGUGAGAGAGGACAGACUCGAGAGACAGACACCGAGUCAAUCAGGCCCAAACGACUGCUGGGAACAAGACGCAAAGAACGACAGUUUGUUUAAUUAUUCUACGGCGCUACUUUUAUUACUCACGAUCUUACCAAACAUUCCACUGAGUAUCCUCAUACCACAAAAUUCGUCCGAUAAAAUAAUAAUAAUAAUAAUAAUAAUAAUAAUAAUAAUAAUAAUAAUAAUGAUAAUAAUAAUAUGGUUUGACAUCAUCACAACACGUCAUUAGAUUUUGCUCGUUAUAGUUGCCAUCGAGUUCGUCGUUGUUACAUCAAGACUUAGGCCUACACAAGGCUUUCCGUGGUCUUAGAACUAAAAAAUUUCACCUCCUCGGCAUUUCACAACCUCAGAAUUAAAAAAGUUCUGUCUGAUAUUUUUCGGCGUUUUCAGUUACAAAACCACGAGGUCAGAAAGCAAAAUACUCCAUUUGCUCUAUCAAAAUCGUAAGAAUAUUUGGAGUCGUUAUCACGAU